UAACUAGUGAGACCGUCACUCAAGCCCAAUCCCACCAUUGACAGCCAAUCAAGUUGAAUUGAAGAGGAGAGAUUCACAGCAAGCCUCGACUCUCAGCCACCGUUCUCUGUCUUGGUACAGUAGGUCAGGUUUGGGGGUUAGGGUUUUGGGAUUCUUCUAGCAUUGCAUAAUAGAGUUGGAGAAGAGGAGAGGCAUAUGACAACAGCUAUUCGGUCUGUGGUUGGAAAGUUGGGGAGUAAAUACUCUUCAUGUUGUCACAGCAAAGGAAGAGCAGUAGCAAACAUGGUUAGGGUUGGGGACUUUCAAAUUAGGAGCUCAGUAGUCAGCAACUACAAUAUUGACCGUGAUGUCUUGUUUUCAAUUUCAAAGCCGCCUCCUUCUUAUGGUUAUUCCUCUCGCCAUCCUUUUCUUUUUGGUAACCACCAUAAGAAAGCUCUGCCAGUUCUGCAGUAUUUUAAGUCGCCCGGUGGAUUCGGAGGUGGUCAUCGUGUAGCUCCUUAUUCUAUGGAUAAUCCCAAUACCAUAGCUCUUGCCAUUUUCGCUGUGAAAGAGUACAACAAGGAAAAGAAUGCCAAACUGCAGCUUGUGAGAGUUUUGAGGGCAUGGUACAGAUGUACUGGUGGUUCGAUCUCAUAUUUUUUUACAAUGGAGGCAGUUUAUAAGGGUGUGGUUAAAGUUUACCAAGCAUUGGUUUUUGUACGUAGCCGCGAAAGGGAGCUAAGAUUGUUUGGUCUUCUUAAUGUUGAUAACGGGAGUUUGUUAAAACUAAUUGUUAAAGGACCUACAAGAUCUUAUGAAGGACUAUCUGCGUACAUAGACCCAUGGCACGUCAAGAAGAAGAUUCCAAGAAAGACAAGCAGAAAUUGUCUUGAGGAAGAGAUACUAAGCACCUUACUGCACAUGUCACCUCUCUGAUAAUAUUAAGCUGCAUAAAUUUGAAACAAAUAUUCAUGGUGUAUAUUCAUCAUGAGUUUUUUA